AUGCCUGCGAGUAGUAUUAACUUUUACCACAUGCAAGAUGCCAAAAAUAAUUUUGACGCCAUCCGGCCUGCACCCAUUUGCAGUGAAGCUAAUUAUUUUAUGGGUCAUUGUCGCAACCUUCACAUAUCAACGAACUGCUAUUAUGGAUAUCACAAUUCUAGUAAUAGAUCUGAAACUAUCCAAGAUACGGAAAUGAUAGAAAUGACCAUUGAUAAUCCAUUGAAGAAUCCGCCAGUCAUUGAAAACAACACAAGAAAGAGGUGUGCUGAAGAAAACGAACAUUCGCGCAGUAAACGACAACGGCAGGAAGUACAAACAAUGAAAAAACAUGGACCUGAGACUAACGAGAAUUUGAAAUUGGAUUCUACAUCAGAGGAAUUAAUGGCAACCUUAUAUUGGCAUAUUCACGGCGGGAACUUUUAUCAGUGUGUGUGA